UCGACCUUGGCACUUUUUUUUCGCGACAAGGAAGCACUGCAGAUUUUCGAUUGCACUUUUGAAUUUUAGCUUGCAAUUCUGAUUUUGCUUGUCAAAUUAUUAUUUGUUUGGAGAAUUGUUAGUUCCAUUGUCCUAUUUACUUGCAAAAUACUUGCUCAAUUCUAUCCAUAAAACUUUUUGAUCGGUACUACAAUCACUGCUAUUCGGUGUAUUAGAUGAAUUUCCCGAUAUCUUUCUAUAAUUAAUUCUACUGAUAUUUACGGUAAAUUCAACGUGCCCAUUUAUCACGGUAAUUACAGUAAACCCCGAACAGUUGAAUCGACCCGACUUUGUUGUGAAAGUAUGAAUGUAGGAAACAGCCUGCACGAUAAUUUCUGGGAAGCUCCGGGUUCGUGAAAUCGUUCCAAAUCUGCCUUUUGUAAAUCGGAGUGAAGUGCGUUCCGAGAAUGAAUGCCUCGGGAAAAGGAAAGACGACAUUCCCGAAAUCUUGCUUUUGAAAGGUUUGACUUGCAAUCCCUCCUCCCGGGGAAAACAUGAACGAGUGAAUGUUAUCAGUGGCGAUCGCGAAAAAAAGGGGGGAGUGGGACCCGGAAGCAGAUGCGGGACUAAGCUUGUUUUGAGCCGUGCCUAUGGGAUUGGAGUCAGGAAUGGAAGAUGAAUGUGUUAGAGAUGGGGGAGACCUGCUUACGUCCAGCGAGGAUGAGGACACGGCCGAGGUCGGCCGGGCCACGGACCGCCCGCCCCAUGGAGUGGAAAGCCCUGAUGCCGUUGCAGCCGGCCAGCGGCAUGAGGAGGAGCACUCCGCCCGGUUCGGGACCUGCCCUCCACCCGCUGACCAGCGCAACAAUAAGGAGUGCCCCGCCGGGCUCGAGUCUCGCCCGCCGUCCGCUGGGCAACACCACCGCCGGCGUUCCUCCAGGUCCUGCCCGGCGCCCGGAGACCUCCAGGACAAUGAGACCGGACCUCCACCGGCCGCCCAGCAAACACGCCCGCAGCCGGGGUCGGAGCUUUGGCAGCACGUCUACUGCACUGUCUAUUGCGUGGAGAAUGAGAACCACAAGAACUCGGAGCUGGGAGGCGAAGGUGAACAGACUAAUUACCCUCCUGACUCGGGCCGAUCCACACCGACCGCCCUCAGCCGCCGGACGGACCGGGACACUGCACAUUCCCCGACACCAGAAGGACCUUCCAUUUCGGAACCCUUUAACAUCUCCCGGCAGAUCGACAUUAAUUCGCUGGGAAACCUUUACGUCGGGGAGUAUAAACAGUUAGUUAUUUUGACCUGUCGAGUUUGUCUGGAUGAGAAACCUAUCCGACCACUUCCUUGUUGCAAGAAGGCUGUAUGCGAAGAGUGUUUGAAGAGAUACCUCAGCAAUCAGGUACAGCUGGGAAGAGCGGAGAUAAAAUGCCCUAUUACUGAAUGCAGCAAAUAUAUGGAUGAAAGCACUGUUAUCUCCAAUUUGCCUCGUGAUGACAUUGUCAAGUACAGUUACUUCCUAGAGCUGAGCAGGGUUGAUUCCAGCACAAAGCCCUGUCCUCAAUGCAAGCAUUUUACUACUUACAGACGGAAGAGCAACAUUCCAACCCCUACAAAAUCAGAGAGCAAGUUCAAAAUUCAGUGUUCCGUGUGCCAAUUUGUUUGGUGCUUUAAGUGUCACUCUCCUUGGCACGAAGGUUUAAACUGCAAAGAAUACAGAAAGGGUGAUAAGCUGUUACGCCACUGGGCCAGUGAGAUUGAGCAUGGGCAAAGAAAUGCUCAAAAAUGCCCAAAGUGCAAGAUUCAUAUCCAGAGGACAGAAGGCUGCGAUCACAUGAAUUGUUCACAAUGCAACACUAACUUUUGCUACCGCUGUGGGGAGACGUACCGGCACUUUCGAUUCUUUGGUGACCAUACUUCCAAUUUAAGCAUUUUUGGAUGCAAAUAUCGCUACCUCCCCGACAGACCACAUUUACGAAGAUUAGUCCGUGGUUCUGUCUGUGCUGGAAAGUUACUAAUUGCUCCUUUGAUGCUGGUUUUGGUUGUGGUGGUUGGAGCCAUAGCAUUUGUAGUAGGUUUGUUUGUCUUUCCUAUCUAUUACAUUUGUAAAAAGCAAAGGAAACGGUCGCAGACUGGUAUGUUUACAUAAACGAAAGUCUCACUUACACGGGUAACGGCGGAUGUGUCAGGGUCUUCACAGAACUCCGCAGUGAGAAGCAAUAGCACGUAACAAACAACUAGAUAUCGAACAAAUGUGAAACUGGGAAUGUUGCCAUGAAUUAUUAUCUUUUUUUUGGCCAUAUUACCAAGCAGUACACUAUUCUCAGAAUACUUCCAAAGACCUGGCUACAAGCACUGUGAUGUACAACUCAAAGAAAGAAGAAAAUAAUCAAUUUGUUGUGAAGUGGCUGCAUCAGGAGUAAAACAUAAGCGUGCUGAUGAAGGGGCUGUCUUACCAUUUUGCACAUGUUAGUUAUAAUCAUGGAUGGUGCAAGCUUCUCGUAACGUUUGCACUUCCUGUAUUGUUCUAACACUGUCUUAAUAUCUCAAUUUCUGAAGAAUACUUUUCUCUGCACUAUAUGACACUUCUGUUCCUUUUGUAAUGGAAAAAUAUCAUCUCAAGGAAUAUUCACAUGUUACAUGCUCCACUUCAUUUGGCCCUCGUCUGUAUGGAUAUAUCAUCCACUUGUUAACAGCUGUCAUUUUUAGAAUUGCAAUUAUAAUUCAGCUGAUCCAUGAAGAGUUAAACUGGGGAGUUUUAGAAGGGAACUCAAGUUAACUCUUCUAUUUAGUCCAAAGAGCGAGCAAUCUUUAUCAUUAUAAUACUCAAGGAGCUUAAAUUGUAGCCAAAGUAAUGUAUAUACAGUAGUCUGUUUUUUCCCCCUAAAUGAAAAACUGCCCUUUAUUUUAGUAGUGGGAAUUAUUGGAAACUGGUUGAAGCUAACAUUUUGCUAAAAUGUGAAUGGCAGAGAUCUUGCAAAAAGCGAACAUUUGAUUUGUUGUUAUUGAUUCAGUGAUUGGUGUCAUCAAUAUUUAAAAGUAAGCUGUUGGGGGACCAGAAGCAGUAGGUGUAAAUAAUUUAAAAUGCUGAAGGAAUUUUUGUUUUUGGGUUUUAACAAUCCACUUCGGUAGCUCUGAUCACUGGUCACAGAUAGACUCAAGUGUUUCAGUGAGCACUACCUGCUUCUCCUCUGGGGGCAUCCUGCCACGGGAAGAGACCCGGGGUGCCAAGUGUGCUCUCCCCAUCCUGGAUCCAUGAGGAGCCACAGUAUAUUAAAUGAAAGUAUGAGUUCAUGGCAGCCUGGGAUUUUUCCACUUAGCUAAAUUGCCUCAUGCUAAUUGUGACUAAUUGCCAGGAGAGCAGAAAAGGAGGAAGUUCUUACUCCAGCAGCUUGCAUUCCAUCUAACAUCAUCAACUGAUGCCAUACCAUAUAAGGUAACUUUUUGUGCCUUAUUAAUUUUUUAAGAGGAGAUCCCUCUGCUGCUGAUAGCCAAGCUCUAUGUAAGAUGUAUAUUAACUCUGUACUGCAAUAAGAUGAGUCACGUGGUUGUCAUUAUCAUAAUUUGAAAAUAAGAAAACUUAAUGUCGACUUUUGCAGAGAACUGCAAAAAAAGUUAUAAGUUUGGGAAGAUGUGGUUUUGCUAGAAAUGUUUCCUCAUAGGUACCUCCUUUCACUAGCUGAUCCAAUAAUAUGAGAAGAAUAGUUCUGACAUUGUAAUAUCUUACCGUUAUUAACUAUUUUGGACUUCUCCGUUUAAACCAAUUCAAAAUUCAGUACUUUAUCAAAACUCUGUGCUGAAGUGCUUAAAAAACAAUGUUUUAUAAAUUCUUUGUUUAAAUAUUAAUUUGUAGUGAGUUAUUUUUCAAUUAAAAUAAUAAGAAACUCAGUAUUAAUCUAACCAGUCAUAUCCUGCACACCUGGCAAAGUUGGCAUUUUAUUUUACUGGAUAGCAAAAAGUGGUUUGAGAUUACUGACUUUCAAUUUUACAACUUCUAUAAACCCAGUAAAAUACUUGGGUGAAAAUGUUGAUAGAUACAGUAUAACUCCCGCAAAACUUGACAUCCAGUUGUGUUAGCAUCUUUUUGAGUGUAAAACAAUGUUUUUGUGAUUGGCUGAAUAUUAUGAUAACAUUAUACAAAUUGAGUGUUACAGUUUCUGUGAAGUAUAAGACCGUAAACCAGUUACUAGUGAGAAAAAUUCAAGUUCCAAACACGUCUUUGCAAACAAGGCUGAGAAAAUAAUGAGCAAUGAAUUAGAUCCAUGAGGAAACCAAACUUGCACAGAACACAGGCAGCACAAUUAAAAUUUCCUCUCAUACUGAGCUCACAACAAGGAAGUGCGGGUCAUGGAAUUAACCUAUAAUCUGUGUCCAAUUAAAAGCAACAUUCUUUUGGUUGAUUUGUUUUUAUUAACCACUGGACCUUUAUCAGUUUUGACCUGAUUACAUUUGCAAACUUUAAUUCAGAACAAAAAGGACUUCCUUGGAUAUGCAGAAUUUUUGUUGUUAUACAAUAUGGAUUUUAAUAAAACCAAAGAUAUUUUAUUUAGUUCCGUCAAGUCAUAUAUAAUAAAUGAUGAUGAUGGGCUUUCACAUCUCUUCAUCCCUUUUUAAACUUCAUCAAGUUUAAAAAACUGCCCUUGCUUUAUUUUAGUAGUGGGAAUUAUUAGAAACUGGUUGAAGCUAACAGGUUAUUGAAAUGUGAAUGGCAGAGAUCUUGCAAAAGGCAAGAUUAAUUUGUUGUUGAUUAAGUAACCUAAACAAGAGACAAUAAGUCCAUCUUUCAGUUUGCACAAUAAUCUCCUCCUAAAAACAGCAGGCUGCUUUUUAAAGCAACAUUCUGGCCAAGUCUGGCUUGUCUAAGCUGGUACACGACUGGCAUGAGGAAUGAAACAAAAUUUGAAAUUGCUAAUAAUUUGAGAGUAAUUUUUUUUAUCUAUUAAGGGGCUAAUUUAGCAAAACCACAACCCACAAAUAUAUUUUGUACAAUAUACUUCCUUUUGCAAUCAGUAAUUUCCAGUCAGGUCACUCUUUUGUUCUAUUUCCUUUCAUGUGCCCUUUAUAACAAGACAGUUAAUUUUCCUCAAAAUGUUAUGAAGUUAACUGCAAGAGCAAAUUGAUAACUGAACAGUUACAGAUUUUCUUAUAUAAGUGAUUUUUGAUGUUGGCAGUGUAUUUCUGUUUCUAAAUAGCUACAGAAUUAAUGAAAACUGCAUAGUGCCCUUAAAUGUCUGUAUUAAUAGACAAUUCAUUAACAAAGGAUGUGCCUUUUUUAUUUGACAUGAUUUCAUCAUCUUUUCACGAAGCAAAUUGCAUAAAAUUUAGCUAAUUAGCAAUGAUCCAAAGUGCAAAAACGAAGAUGUUCAUAUAUUAAUGCCAAAUUAAAUUUCCUUUAUUUCCUCACCACCACCACAUACACGUAUAAGAAAGCAGAGAAAAACUUGAAACUAGAGGUACUUUGCACUUGUUUAUUCGUCUUCUGUCAAUAUUAAGAUCCUGCUGGCCAGGGUCAGGGAAAUAAUCAAAAAUGUUACUUUUACAAGCUGUUUCUGUGGAUUGUGCUGCGAAAGUAUAUUUAAGCUUAUUCACGUUCAUUUUCUUUAGUUUUUUAAGAAAAGGAAAAUGUAGUUGUUAAGCCAUUUUCAUAUUAACCACUACUUGAGUCAGAUGAUGGAAGUUACUGUGCAUAAAUUCUAUGUAAAUGUGUCUGAUUAAUGGCUCAUCAGCAUCCAACAACUAGAAAUAACUGCUUGGGUAAUUCAUUGUGACUGGAGCAGAAACAACUACCAGUACUACUUCUGAUAGCUUUUUUUGUGCAAAACAGUAGCUGAAAUAAUGUGAUUAAGUAUAUCAAAUGUACUAUUCUAUAGAGAAAGAAAUAAAAUGAAAUUACAU